GAAGGGGGCGGUAAUCUGAGUGUAGGUCAGCGCCAAUUGGUGUGUUUGGCUCGAGCUAUACUCCGCCACAACCGCCUACUAGUGCUCGACGAGGCGACCGCUAAUGUGGACCACCGGACGGAUGCCGUCAUUCAGACCACAAUUCGCCACAAAUUCAGUGACCGUACGGUCCUUACGAUCGCUCACAGACUCAACACUAUUAUAGACUGCGACCGCGUUUUGGUGUUAGACGCGGGAGAGAUCGUCGAGUUUGACGAACCCUUCGCUUUACUGGAACGGAGGGGACAGUUGUACGACAUGUGCAGAAAGACCGGCGAAGAUAUGUUCAACCAUUUGAUGAAUUUGGCCAAAGAGUCACAUCUCAAUAGGUCCACCACUAGUGAAGCGGAGGAGGAUCUGGAGGACAGGGAUAUGGGACCACAAAUUAGUAACAUAUCACCACAAAAUGAAAACUUACCCAUUAAUUCAACUUACGGUACAUUUGCUGAUAAAUAAACAAUUAAUUAAUAUGAUAUCAUCGAUAUCUUUAAUUGAUUUUGUAGAGUGUAUUAUAAAAUAAUAUAUAAUACUAUUAGGCUG